AUGUGCUGUGACAGUGGUGCAGCCGUGCAGUGCCUGCUGGAGUUCAACACCAGGGGAGCUCUACAGUGGCUGCCCCAAACAGGAGCCUCCUCUCUGCUGGACAGAACCGGGCUGAGGCAGGCUGUGAGGGAUGGCCGAAGCUUCAGUAAAGUGGUCAGUGCCAUGACUUACCAAGACAGCAGUGACUGGAAGGUGGGGCUGAAUUUGGAAGACUAUGGAGGCUUGGAGGUGGGAGGGACACGCUCUGAUGCAUACAACUUUUCAUCAACAAGAGCUAAAGAAGACAAUUUUACUUUUAGUAUCCACCGCUCCUCUUGUAGGCACUACAGAUACCGGGUGUCCAGUACUCCUCCUCUGAGCUCAGAGUUUCGAAAGGACGUGUCCCUGCUGCCCUCCUCAUACAACUCCUUCACCAAGGCCCAGUACAGACGCCUUAUCAGCACCUAUGGCACACACUACAUCCGACAGGUCACUACAUUUAUCCUGCCCAGAGGCGUGAUUGUGAACUGCUCUCUACUGAAACAUUUAAGCACAAUGUGGCACUUAUUCUCUCAUAUUUCCUGUUAAUAGUUGUAGGGUUGUUAGGGGUAUAAUUGAAAUCUUCAAGUCAAAGUGAAAGACUCACAAAGGCAACGCAACUUCUGCUUUAACUUCCAAUUUCUU